UGUACUUGACGUUCAGUGAAAAGAUAACUACGUUGAUCAUCUUCAGUAUACUUAAUCCACGAUUGCAGGUUGUGGGUAGAAAUGAUGUGGUAUCUACCACAUAAAUUACAGAUGCAAUUUUCGUUUAAAGUAGCAAUCCGUCAUAAGGUUGUUAGAUGGCACCAGUCUCAGACUCUCAUAUUCUGAUGAUAUAUAUAAUCUAUGCCAAGGAAAUUGGAAGAGGAGGAAUAUUGGUGUUUUGUUGUUGUCAGUUUGACUUCUGUUGUUUUGACACGGAUUUUAUUUGGAAAUACGAAAGUAACACAACAGUACACUAAUACAGAAUGUCUGAAAGAAAAGUUCUGAACAAAUACUACCCACCAGAUUUUGAUCCGUCUAAAAUCCCUCGUAUGAAAUUGCCUAGAAAUAGGCAGUAUACUGUUCGACUUAUGGCUCCAUUUAAUAUGAGGUGUGUUACAUGUGGUGAAUAUAUUUACAAGGGAAAAAAGUUUAAUGCACGGAAGGAGGAUGUGGAAGGUGAAGAUUACCUGGGCAUUCGGAUCUAUAGAUUUUAUAUUAAGUGCACAAGAUGUCUUCAGGAGAUCUCAUUCAAAACUGAUCCUCAAAACACAGAUUAUGAAAUUGAAGCAGGGGCUACACGUAAUUUUAUGGCUUUGAAGUUGGCAGAAGAACAAGCACAACGGGAAGAGGAUGAGAGGAAGGAAGAUGAAGCCACUAAUCCAAUGAAGUUAUUGGAAAAUCGCACAAAACAGUCUAAACAAGAAUUGGAGCUUCUUGAAUCUUUGGAAGAAUUAAGAGAUUUAAACAGGAGGCAGAAAUCUGUGGACUUUGACACAAUGCUUUCUCAGUUUGAUACUAAAGAAGCUCAAAAGAAAUUAAAAGAGAUGCAAGAAGAGGAAGAUGAAAACUUGAUAAGAUCUGUUUUUGGAGUGGGAGGUUCUAAGAAGAAAAAGGUCGUAUCAGAAGAAAUAAUAGAAACUGUUGAAGAUAUACAUAAAUCCAGUGCACUUGAACCUGCAAAGAAAAUUGCAAGGCUGUCUUAUGAUGCCAGUGCAAAAUCUGAUAUUCAGGAAUGUACAUUGUUAAAACCAUCAGAUACAUCACGGGGCAAAAGUGUGGGUGCGUCCAGCAAGAAAGUAGGGCUGACAGGAUUAGUUCGUCUGAAGUCAUCUAGUGAUUCAACGAUAAAACUUACGUCAGUGCCUGCCCUAACUAGCUCUAGUACCACUGUCAAACCAACUCCCAAUGGACUGUCAUUACUGGGUACUUAUUCUGGUAGUGACAGUGAAUGAUACAAGGAUUAACAGGUGGGCUAUUUUGUUGUCAUUAAGGCAUUCAGACAACUUUACCAUCUACUGUACAAUGUACCAAAGAAGGGCAGUAAGAGGGAAUUGACUAAUGUAUUAAAAGUUAGAAUACCACUGAGGGAAACAGAUGUGAAAAAACUGUGGACUGCAAAUACUUGUUUUGUGGACACAAAAUAAAUGUUACUGCUAUCAUCACUGCAUAAUUGCUAUCAUAAUUAAGUGUUAUUAUUUUCCUUUCAUAUUAGGAAGGUAAUAGCCUUGAUCUUUGAACUGAAGGUCUGCUGUCUUGCUCGAGUUUCUUUCUACAAAUAUUGGAAUUAUACUGCAAAAUAUUUUUAUGGUAGUAACAAUUUUCAGGCAAAAUAUGAGGCUGUUUCUUUGCUUGUGGUAAAGGGACCAGAGAGUGAUGCUGACCACUCAGUCCCAUCUAAUUGCAAUGCCUAUAAUACAUGAAGAUGCCCCUCUGUGUCUUCAUGUUAGAUUUAAGCACAGGGACAACCUGUUUCAUUUAUUUUGUCAGUUUAGUGAUAGAAUGUUAAUGCCUGAUUUAACUUCAAGAUGAAAUCAAGUCUGAUUUGAAAAUUUUGUACUGUGGUCUACAGUAGCUGGUCAUAAGACAGAAGUUCUAAAAAUGUGUAUGGCCCAUGGACUCUGUGUUCAAAGGUCCUAGUUAAAUUAUUCACUUAACCAUGAAGUUGGGUCAUAUUGCCACUAGUGAACCAGACUGUGAAUGCAACUUCCCAUUGACAUUGCUAUUUGCAGGGUUGUAUUCUCAACCCCUCAUCCUCACCCCAUGAACAGUAAAUGGUGAUGGGAAAAGUGGUGAUAGGGGAUCGAAAGACACAUGAAACAUGGUAUAGUAAGGACCAAAUUACUUGCGAGUUCUUGGCACGGGGUUUGAAGAGCAAGGUGAUAAGCACUGUGUGCGAACCUCCACGCUUUUUAUAUCUGUUCUACCCGGCCGUUCCGUGCACUGACCAGGUCAUUCCGAGUGCAACUAUCUACAGCACUAGGGAGCAAGUAAUCUGGUCCAUACUAUACUUAAUAUGUAUUUUUUUCUUUUUUGGCAUGAUUAUGAAGUAUGGUCUGUUCCUGUGAGGGAAGAAUAUUUGUAAAUUACAGAUAUAUCAAAAUAAAGUGCUGAAGGAAGUAUUAGGACAUAAGAGAAAUUUGUAAGUGGAUAAAUUAGGAUUUUACAUUACACGAAACUUUGUAAUUUCUAAAGUUCACAUAGUAUUUUUAGGUUAGUGGAAGCAAGAUGUCGGACUUGUUGUUCAGAUGAAGAGACAUGAAAUGCACAUGGAAUAUUGGAGGAGAAUCUCUUGGAAGUUAGGCACUUAAAAGAUGGAAAUGGAUCUUAUGGAAAUUGGUUUUGAAAAUAAACGGUUAAACCAGAUCAGGAUUAUGCCAAGUGGCUGACUAUGAUAAUGUUGGAUUUUACUUUGAGAGAGUUGGUUGUAUCUUGGGGAGAAUGUUUUGAGAACCUACCUAUGACUGCCCAGCUGAGGUGUAGUAAUUAGGGUUCUCAGGGUUGAUUGAUGGUAACUCAGUGAGAUGAGUCCCUCUCUCAGGGAAUAUGCGUGGCUACAUGACUAGUGGCUCGCAGUUUGAAUAAAAUAAUCACACAGA